AUGGGUAUCUCCGGAGACAUAUGGCUUUGGAUCAAGGAUUAUCUUUCAAAUAGAAGACAAGUAACAACUGUCAAUGGCUACGAGUCUGAGUUAAUGGACGUAGAAUUUGGAGUACCACAGGGUUCUGUGCUCGGACCCAACCUUUUCACGUUAUUCAUUAAUGAUAUGCUAAAUAUAACAGAAGGAGAAGAAGUCGCAGAAACAGAAGUAUUUGUGGACGAUACAACCAUUUAUGUCGUAGGACCAACAGUAGACAUUGUAACAUCGAGAUUAAACGAGAUUUUACGCCAAUUUUGGGAUUGGUGUAGUAAUAAUUCACUUUCACCCUAUCCAGGAAAGACGGAAUUCAUGUUAAUGAAGGGAAAAUCAUUUAUAGGUUCUGUGAGGGCAAUAAAAUUAGGGACUUAUAUAAUCAAACAAGUACAGUCGACAAGAUGCUUAGGGAUGGAGUUGGACGACGAAAUGAAGUGGUCCAAACAUGUCUUGAAUACAAUAAAAUCCUCUCAGAAAAUCAAUCUUCUGAAAUCUCUGUAUUUCCUACCAAAGAAAGCUAGGAUGGACUUUUACAAUUAA